GCUAUCAAAUUCAGUUUAAUUCGAAAUUGUUUUGAUUCUAAAUUUUUUAUUUUUACCUUUACUGCCCGUCGGCCACGUUUGAAACAUUCCAGAAAAUUUAUCACAAUUUUUUUUAAAUGGCGGAAAGAGGUGAAGUCGAAGAAGACGCCGUAAACGGUAACCACCACCACAUUGUGAACAACGAAGACAAUCUCAAACUUUUGUGCCACCUGGACGAGGCAGCUUCCGUAGACGCGCACGAUUUGUGUGGGUCCGAACUCUUAAUAGACACCAGUCUUCUGAUUAAAAAUGACAUCAACACCCCAAGUCAAAUCAUGAUUGUCACUAACUUAUACGACGAACUUUUUUGCUCGCUCGAUGAAAAAUUGAAGUUUGAAGGUUUAGUGAGACAAAUAGAUCCACUAGCCACCUUUCAGUACUUAUCAAGUUUCAGACGAGCCAGAGUGGAACUGAGUUCGUUGGAGACCUCACGGCAAUGCUUUGAUUACCUGAAUAACUAUAAGCUGGAAGGCAGUCUUGUACACUGUUAUUAUGUCCAGCCUUCGAUCUUAUCAUGUCAGCAACAAUACCUCGACCUGCCCCCGCGAGAAAACCUCUUCCUUAUCUCCCCACCCUCCUCACCACCGAUUGGCUGGGAGGUACAACUGGAGAAGAAGCCUGUCAUCAAUCACGAACUACUGGCAGCCAUCGAGAAAAUGGGGAAAAGUGAUGCGUACGAAGUGUACACGGGCGUUGGGGACAUGCCGUCAAUCAUCGUACACGUCUGCGACGACCCGCCCAACUUUGAGCAGAGACCUAAAAUUAUUCAAACCCGAUGUCCGGAGAGGAAGGCCAAAACGAUGGAGCAGUUGUUCUGUUAAAUUUUCUUUUAGUUUUUGCUUUCAGAAGUAUUAUUUAAAACAUUUUUUUCUUUGGUUUUGGUUAAUUUUAUUUUGUGUUUUUCGUUUUUUUGUUUUGAUUAUAGGAUUAAAUGAUUAAAAAUUAAUGAUGGUAACGAUAAUAGUUUAUUAAUUCUAAUGAAUUGAUUGAGUUUAUUUUAUCGAGUACAUGAUGCAUUCUGUUUACUUAAUUCAUUGUGCAUUACCUGCGUGCGUCUUAUGCUUUAUAUACACAUCCAAUUGAAUAGAUCAGAGGCAUAGGGGUGAUUAACAUUUCAAAUGCUAUUUUUAACCAAUAAUCUUAUGCAAAAAUUCUUUUUUUCUUAUUUUGGCAUGUGCCAAGCACUUUUUGUGAAUAGUUUAAUGGCUUUAAUUACAUUUUUUAUUCAUGAAUUUGAUUCAGAUUUAUUUUCUCUUUAAGUUGCUGCGAUUCAGCUUAAUUAUCUUGAAUUUAUUUAGAAAUAUUUUUGAGCUGAUUUCCGUUAAUUACACAAACAUGUACCACUGAUUUAUAUUACUGAUCGUCUUAUUUGGUUUAUACAUGUACAAACAUUUUUACACCAUUUAAUCUAAUUAAUAUAUUUCGCACUUCCAUCAGAAUAUUGAUUUCGUAAUUCGAUUGAUUGCCCGAAUGUACAUAUCCAACCACGCUCCGCGACUAUUUAUAAAUUUUAUAAUAUCAAGAAUUCGUCAGAACAAUAGAUUCAACGCACGCGUACAAUUAGGGUAACGUAAGAGAGAUGGUGUCAAACAGUUGCGAUAAACAGCCGAGUUAGUUCCAUUUUUCCAUCGCAAAGAUUUGACAACUGUUUUCGUGUUUUUUUUCUUUCUUCAUAUUAAAUUUUUCUUCAUAUUUAAUUGCAAGGAGGCGGACAGGCGAACUGUUUGCAUGUAUCUGACGUAUGCAAUACGAACUUGUGUAAAUAGUUUCUUUUUUUUUACAAAUUUUCAAUAUUAAUAUCAUCCGUGAUGUCUUCUUCUUCAACUGUUUGCACGUUCUUUGUCGUCACUUUCGUGUUUAAUUUUUUACUCCUCAUCAUAUGUUCUGCUGUUUGUGAAUUAUUUUUCAUUCAUAUUAGUUAUUGUUGGACGUUUUUUGAACUUAUCUUUGCUCAAUUGAAUUUAUCAUUAUUCGUUUGUUGUGACAGAUACAGCGCGGUUUUCAUAUUAAGUGAUGUGAAUAAAUAACCUCAGAAACAAUCU